GAUUUCAAAACCGAUUUUUAAAAGGCCAUGUGCGGUUUUUUGCGCACGAUUUGGCAACGCAGCACACCUGCAGAUGAGCCAUCCGAGGCCGAACGAUACCCGAACUGUUUGUUUUCGCUAAGAUCACGAAAAUGGUUCGGGCCGACUUUAGAAAAUCUUGGUUGAGGUAAAAUUUCGGAGAACAGGGAUGGCUGCGAGCAAGCUACCUGACUUCAGUUACUCUUGCGAGAUCUGCGGACUAGAAGGCCUCAACGAUGAGCAGCUGCGAACUCACAUGCUGUUCCAGCAUGUUGAAGGAGCAGUGUCAUGUCCCUUUUGUGAUCUUGGAGACAUUUCUGCAGACGAGCUGAUGGUACAUGUCAACAGCACCCACCUUGAGUACCUCACCCCUGAACAUGAACUGAUGGCCUUUAUCGACGAUGAUGACCAGCUGCAGUAUUCCACGGCAUCUGCAGCCUCACCUGAGCUCGAACUUGAAGAUGGAGCUGCAGAGCCAUACUACAACACUUUACAGAGAUACCUUGAGAAAGCAAAGGUUCACGAAGACAAGGAGGACCUGCCAAAGGAAAAUGGCAGCAAAUGGGGUUGGGAUCAGCAGCUAAACAACAACUUGAAUAACAAUAACAACAAUAAUGUUGAGGAAGAAGCGCAGGCUGCCGCUGCGCCGCAGCACCUUGUUGAAAAAAGGCAGCCACAAGGGUCACCUCUUCGAUCACAGAUGUCUUUAAAUCUGAAGCAGAAGUCAAGCCCUGCCAAAAGCGCGCCUGUGGUUGAACAGCUUUGCCCUCUCUGCCCAUACAAAAACUCGAAUCCAUUGCUUCUUGAAGAACACAUAAAUAGAGCUCAUUUUGACCUCACGAGUCCAUCUUUUCCUCCUGCCGACCCAACUUCGCACUACAAUGGUGGUUUCGCACCCCUGGCCACAUUCAGCGGAGGAGCUACUGCCAGACAAAAAGAUUACCACUGUCCCUUCUGCAGCAGGAGCUUUUAUGACACACCUGAUCUAGAACUGCACGUCAACAUAGAGCAUAAAGACAUUCUCAGCCCGUGCAAGCCUGCCAGUGCCAGAUCAAGGGUGGAGUCAGGAAGCUCCGAAGGCUGCCCUGUGUGCUGCAUGACUGGCUUCAAGGACCAUAGGGAAAUGACUCGCCACAUCGAAGAGCAUUUUAAUCAAAAAGCUGGAGUCACUCCAAUUACGCCAGACAUGUCAAGCGACCGGAUGUUGGCUAGAGAAAUCGAGAAGAGAGAAAAGGAGGUCAGGAGACAACGAGAGCAGAAGGAGUUUGAAAUGCUCAGGGCUCAAUACGGCAUGGACAAUCAAGGAAAUUUCCGAGAGCAGAGCAUGACAAACAUGCAGAAAGCAGUAUACGCAGGAGAAAUGAGUGUGUCCGACUAUUACGAAAAGCAAUGUGAACUGAAAACGGCUGAACAGAAUGGUGUUGAUGAUGGCAGCUCUUGCACCAAAGACUUGGUUGCGAAAAUCAGAAGCUUCAGUGCUUCAAGUACAAAUGUGGUGAGCACUUUCAUGUGCACCACGGUUGACCAUUACGCAUCCACAUAUGGUGACAAAGGCUGGGGUUGCGGCUACAGAAACAUGCAAAUGCUGAUUUCCUCCCUCUUGCACCACACUGGCUUCAACGAACAGCUGUACAAACCAUCUCUGGUAGGUGGAGGAAUUUAUGGAAUGGCGGUGCCAAGCUACGACCAGGCAAACGGUGGAGCUCAUUUUGGAGUAGAAAUGGUUAGCCGAAGCACAAUGCCUUCGAUCUCGCGACUUCAGCAGCACAUUGAAUGGGCUUGGCGACAAGGAUUCGAUUUGCAAGGGUGUGAUCAAUUGGGAGGAAAGCUGUUCAACACCAGAAAGUGGAUAGGCGCCACAGAGGUGGUGACAUUCCUGUCAUCACUGAGAAUACGCUGUCAGCUGGUUGAUUUUCACCGCCCGACCGCACCAGAUGGGAGUCAUCCUGAAAUGUUUAAUUGGGCAUUGCAAUAUUUUCAGAAGAACGAUGAGUUCAAACCUCCUCUCUAUUUGCAGCAUCAAGGACACAGUCGGACAGUUGUCGGUGUUGAGCAGUCAAAGGACGGCAGCAUCAAUAUGAUCGUUUUUGACCCUAGUCACACACCACAGCAAAUGAACCAGUUGCAUGGAACUUCCACAGCUGCGUCUGGAAUGCGACUCAUUAGGAAAUCUCUGGCAGCUAUGAAAGCUCGGCAAUAUCAAGUGGUGGCGGUUAUGGGAAUAAUGGACACUGAAGUCCUCUGGUUUGCACAGCAAAGCAAGUUACUUCGUUCGAUUCGAGUGCCUCAAGACCGAUGAUGAAGCCAGCUCCAAGUGCCCAGUCUGCUUGCUGCGUUAGAAGAUGACGACUUACUCAACAUGUGAUGCAAAGUAGAUGAAUACUCAAGACAAGUACUAUCUAAUCAUUGAAUGGGUUCCCACUCCGUUGUUUCUGCACACCAAUGUGUCCAAGCAAUACUACUGUUAACAUUUUCAUUAUUGCUUUUGUGAGAGUCAGACUUGAUGAGCACAUCUAAUCCCUUGAAAUACGCUGCACACUCAAUAAUUGUAUGCUUGGUUUGCACGUAAAUUCACCAGUCGAACCCUUCAAACGCCUGCAUUCACGUGUUUUGUUAUUCUUUUCUAUAAAUUUAAUGAGGUUUUAUUCUGCAGAAAUAUUUCACUUGUUGCUUAAUAUUAAAUUUCAAAAUCAACUGGAAUUGAUGUAAAGAUAUCUGCAAUACUGGAAGGGAUUUGGGGAAUAUAAGUCAAGGCUCGUCAAGGCUGAUUGACAGGUGUUUAAUCAUUUCUGAGUGGGUUGUGCCUCGUUGCCUAUUGUUGAUUGAUGCCUGCCUUUAUUGCUGCCUGUUGGUGUUAAAUUGCUGCAGAAUGUUAAUAUUUAUAUUAUUGUACACACAGAAGUUUACUAACUUAAAAUAAUUGGAAAAUUAUGCCUGAUCAAAGUUCCUGAUUUCUGUUUGUCCAACAUUUAUCUAUUUAUAUUUGCUGUUGAGCACAUUUUUACCAAACAAAUGUGUAUUUGUACUUCUUGUGAUCACUGAAACAUAGUUUCAAAUUCAGAAAUAUUUGCCCUACAGACUAAAUAGUAGUCACAAGAGCCACUCCUUGCACUUGGCUAUAAAUCACUAGGAUAUAUGAAUGAUUUGCUUCACAAACCCGCCUGUAUUGUCUAGUCAAACUGAUUUUAAUCAAUCACACAUCUUAUAGAUAAAUCUUUGAAAAAAAUCACAGCUGAUUUUAUGACAAAUUUUUACCUGCCAUAUAUUAUAGCUUGUGGAAUUUGAUGCCGAUGCAUAUAAUUCAGAAAGAAGCUAACCUGACAGAAUUGUAUUGGGCACUCUCUGUCAUGUGACGCCUUAAGUGCUGGAAGUAGGUUAUCUAAACUCAAUUGACCUACAAUAAUUGUCUGCUAAAUCGUCUUACUUAUUCGCCUGUUCUAAAGCCUUGGUUAAAAUGGGGCUUCAGAAUUGUUUUCUGUUGGAGUUGAAUCACGUCGCUCAAGUUUUUUUCAUCGAAAUUUCUUUCGAUUUUGUGCUUCUGAAAUUUUUAAAAUAGACGGAAAUCAAAACUAGUAAAAAUAGAUGGAACACAAAAAUUAUUUCGCCCUGUGUAAAUGGAGUCAGCUAGAGGGUAAAUUGAGAGGAAAUCAUGGUGAUGUGGUGAUAUCAAAAGAUUUAAGUAGGGCAUAAUUAUUAUACACUGCACCAAUUUCCACACUACAUUAUUUAAUUAUGAGCGGCUCCAAAUUAAUGGUCAGAUCCUUAAAAUAAAGUUUAAAUUAUGCAGAUGAUGUGUAGCACAUUUUAGAUAGCUCAUCACAUUCCAUCUUAUUGUAAACACUCGCUCUGGAUCGAUUAUGGAAUCAAGUGAUAAGAUGCAAAAUCGACCAUGUGAACUCCAUGACUACACAAGAACAAUAAAUUGCAUUAAUUUGCCACUGAACUUAA